CUAAAAUCAGGAAAAGUUACCUAAUCUAACCGCCCCAACCCAGAAAAAAAUCGUUCCUUGCCCACCAAGAACACCUCUCCCUCCCUCCUUACAACCUGGUGCACAUUAGCAUCUUCUGGGUGCAGUGUGUACCUCCAGCUUCCACAUUCCCCGUGGCCGAGAUGGGGAAGGGACCGCCAUCCACCGACGUCGAAAAGGGGCCACCAGAAAGGGGACUUGAGAAGAGGCAUCAGAGAAGCCGGCCACCUCCGCCACAAAUAUGCCCCCCACCAGAAAAGCCAUGGUUUUCGUGGCUCGUACCAGUCAUGUUUCUGAUCAAUGUCAUCAUGUUCAUCGUCACCAUGUAUUAUAACAAUUGCCCUUCUCAAGAGGAACAUCCAAAAUGCGUUUUGCCUUUCUUGGGGAGGUUCUCUUUCCAACCCAUCAAAGAAAACUACCUCCUUGGUCCUUCUAUGAACACUCUGACAAAGCUAGGUGCCCUUUUCCGGAACUUAGUGGUGGAAGAAGGACAAGGAUGGCGUCUCGUAACUUGCAUGUGGCUUCAUGUUGGACUUGUUCAUCUGCUUGUUAACAUGAUAAGCCUUCUAUUCGUAGGAAUCCGGCUUGAGCAGGAAUUCGGUUUCAUCAGAAUAGGACUCCUCUACUUACUUGCUGGAUUAGGUGGAAGCUUAGCAUCUGCAAUUCAUCAAAGACAAAUUAAAGAGCUACAAGUAUCAGUUGGCGCAUCUGGGGCACUUUUUGGAUUGUUGGGAGCCAUGCUUUCUGAGCUUUUUACAAACUGGACAAUCUAUACAAGAAAGUGCAUAGCGCUCCUCAUACUCGUCGUCGUCAUUUCCCUGAAUUUGGCGCUAGGUUUUAUACCUAGAGUGGACAGUUCAGCUCAUAUAGGAGGAUUCCUCGCCGGCUUUUUCGUCGGCUUUGUUAUUCUAGUUCGGCCUCAAUUUGGAUAUGUAAACCGCAAGUACAUUCCUACUUCCUAUAAGGGCCAACUUAAAUCUAGGCACAAGUGGUAUCAAUAUGUACUAGGAAUCACUGCUGCUAUAAUCUUAGUUCUCGGAUAUACAUAUGCUUUUGGCAAGCUAUAUGAUGUUCCCCUGAUGAAAAAUCUGCCCUGA